CCAUGUACUGUAUCACUGUAGUAGUACUGCAACUGUACCUAAAAGUUAUGUGCUGAUUUUUUUUUGGCAAGGAUUAGGGUUGCAAAAUUGGAAACUUUCCAUGGGAAUUAAUGGGAAUGAAUGGAAAUUAAUUUGGAGGUUCUUUCAGGGAAAUUAAAUAUACAGUGGUGCCUUAAGAUAUGAGUUAAUUCGUUCCGUAAACACAGUCUGAAGUCAAAACACUUGUACAAUCAUCUUUCACCAUUGAAAUUAACUGAAAUGCAAUUUAUACGUUCCAGCCUCCCCCCAAAAAACAGUAAAAUUCGUUUUUGAACCUGCUUUUUCAUUAGGAAAAUUGCACUUAGCAGCAGUGUACUGUAUAGAAACACAGUAAUAACAUUUGCUCUCCACAUAACCUACAAACACAGAAAAUGCAAGCGCAAAACAUGGCUGUACCUAAUGUAAUGUCCUUCCUUGUUCUUCUUCUGUGGGGUUGAUUGGCAUUUGGCAAACCAUCUUAACGGUGGCACUGAAAACAUCAUAGGUUUGUUCCAUACUGAACUAAACCAAACGGGACCAUUGUUGGCACAGAGCAUGGCCUACUGUGGAAAAUGCCAGGCUAGCAGCAUUGACACCUCAAAAGUCAUAAUCACAUCACCGGCUUAAUAGUGGAAGAACUGGAGGGGUCAAGCCUGCGUUAGCGUGACCCAAGCGCUCUAUUUGUGUUGAUAUUUAUAUCCUACGAUGACUUGAUUUUGAUGCAAGGCAUGUCAAGCAUGUGUCCUUUUUAUCCCAUUACAUUAUCAUGCACUGAUGCUUGGCUGAUAAAAUCUAUUCCCUAAUGCAACAUGAUAAAAGUGCAUGCUAGUACAGUCGUCUCUUGUAAUAGAUGCUUGUUUUCUUUAAAACAACAGAUUAGGCUGCGAGCUGAUUCAAAAAGAUAACUCCACAUACAAUGCAAUGUAUGUUUGUUGCUACUUCUACAUGCACCAAAGGGAUCAUUUUUCUUCAAGAUAAUGUUGCGGCAUCUACCUCAUAACACCUCACUUCUCACAGUAUAUACAUGAUAAUAGGAAGUGUAACACGCUAUCUGCGGUUGCAGGAUUUGUCUCUUGGAAAUAUAGAGCAGAAAAUGCCUCCUGCAUGACAUCACCACACAGUAACUGCAAGAUGAGUAAGAUAGUCCCUCGCAUACAGUGUGAUUAUCUUGCUGCUAAACAUGCUGCCCUCAUUCUCUCUUUGUGUAGGCCUGCAUAUGACAUGAAUGACAAACAGGACAGGCCUUAUGUGUGCGAGGCCCCUGGCUGCUCUCAGCGCUUCCAGUUUGAGGAGCAUCUAAUCAUCCACAGACACAAACAUGAGAUGACCCUCAGGUUCUCCUCCACCAAGCCGGAUACGACUUUUACCGACCAGACCCCGACCCCAACUCGGUUUUUGCAGAACUGUGAAGAAGUAGGUCUAUUCAAGGAGAUAGAGGAGGAGUUUCUGCAGGCGCAAGAAGAGGAGGAGAGCAAACAGACAGUUUCCCAUAAUGGGCCCUGUUGUAUGAAUCAGCACCAGCUCAAAGCCCAGCUCCAGCACCCGCAUCACCAGCCACCUCUGCACCAUCCCCACGCCCAUUCCCUGCAGCACCCUCAGUCCCACGGUCCCAUGAUUGGCCCGAGUUGCAGCCUGGCUACCCAGCAAGCCGUAUCCUCCUCCCUGUCUGGAUCAGCCAACAGCCAGGCCCCAUCCAUGCUCACACACUCAGGGCCUGUCCCCGGACCCCCCUCUUCCCUCCUCCACAUACGCAACAGACACUGUCAACCGCUGCCAGCCUCGCUGCCUGGCACCCUGCCCGACCCCGCCAUGCAAGGGGCAUCUGCUCAGCACAUGUCCAGGUCCAAGCAGAUGAUGGGCCAUCACUAUCAACGCCAGCACCCAGUAAUGGCCCCUUUAAACAAUCCGACGGGUUCAUUGAUGGAGAUCAUGUCACAGCGCCACCAAGCUCCUCUACUGCAACACUCCCUUCACCACCAUCAUCAUUCUCAUCAUCCUCAGCUUGCUGCUCCACCACUCAGCUACCAACACCGAUGCCAUCCCACUCAUCCACAGCACCUCGGGAGCCCCAACAGCCACCCUCACCCGUCAAGGAACACGCCAGCGCACCAAUCCCCCCCCGCCCACCUCCCCCAAGAGUCACCUCCUGCACCCCCAUUGUCUGUACCUGCACAGGUAUCACCGGUUCCACAGCAAAUGCACCCGUGCCACUCGCCACACUCCCAGCAUGCACUGCAGGCAGGCGGAAGCUGCGGCCGUCGAAGGAGGACGGCCGAGCAGGACCCCGACGAACGCCGGCAAAAGUUCCUGGAACGCAACCGAGCAGCUGCCACCCGCUGCAGACAGAAGAGGAAAUUGUGGGUGUCGUCGCUGGAGAAGAAAGCUGAGGAGCUGACACACACCAACCUUCAGCUUCAGAAUGAGGUGACGUCAUUGAGGUCGGAGGUUGGUCAGCUGAAGCAGAUUCUGCUCACCCACAAGGACUGUCCCGUCACAGCCCGACAAAGAGAAGCACAGGGGUACAAUACUGCAGGGGUGAGCCCGGGAGGAAGUCCCACCCCUGUAGAUUCUGGGUGUCAUCGGCAGGCCAUCCAACACAACAGCAUCAGCACGUCCUCGGUGAGAGGCAACGCACACCACGACCCAAUGCCUGGACGCUAGAGAUCGGACGGGACAUUUUUUUUUUUUAUUUUUAUUUUUUUAGUGUCUUUAGCUCUGUCCAUUUCAAAUGGUGCAUAAAAUAUCCGACGAUAAAAGCUUUUUAAAUGGUUGCAGCAUCGAGUUUGUUGGCCGCUAACUAGGGAUGCUCAUUUCAUUUGGCCUUGCUCCUGUAUCUUGCACUAAUUUUGAAAUAUAAAUACUAUAAGCUCCUAUUUUUAACUGAGCAUAUGCAAAUGUGCACCUUUUGCCUUCUCCUCAAAGCAGGGGCAGCUUUAAAAAAAGAAGAUGACUAUAUAUUUUUAUACAAUUAAUAAUAAGAACACCUUUUUGAGAUAUGUCAUUGCAUCAUAAUUUCAAUUCAAUACGUUCUUUUUUGAAAAGCCAUUUAAUGAUGCAAUAUUUCCUUCCAGGCACUUUUUAAAUAACUUUCUCUAAAGCGGCAACUCUUCAUUGAAUUCCUGUUAGCAUAAUUUAAUUUGCACUUGAGUUUCUCUUUUUGUACUGUAAAGAUGUUGACUGUACAUCUAUAAUAUUAAUAAAAAAAAUCUUAUUCUG